CUUCAUCAGGAGAGAUCAGACACUGGACCUUCUGCAAGACAACAGCAGAGAUGAGGCUGUGUGUGACUGUGGUUGCCCUGGCAGUGCUGCUGUGUGUGCAGUGGCAGGUGCAGGCAGAGCUGAGCCGCAGUGAGAUCCAGAGGGCUGUAAGAGCUGCUAAAGUCAGUGUGGACUCAGCCUACGAGUACUCCAGGAGGGAGAGCCUGUCUCGGGUGAGGAGGAAUGAGGCCUCCCCUGCAGACAUCCUGAGGCUGAUGAAGCAGCCAAUGGGACAGACCCGGGAGGCAGUGAGGCGUGCUGAUUACAUGAACAAUGCCCUGAGCUACUUUCAGAACCCACACUAUAGACACAAACGCUCCACCUCCAACACGACAGAGCUGUCAGAUCAGGACAUAGCGGCUCUGGCUGCAGAGAGUGGCUGUGCCCGCCUUACUGCAGAGCCAUCCUGUAAGAAUGUACCCAACCUGUACAAGUACCGCACUGCCAACUCUGUGUGCAACAACCUGGAGCACCCGCUGUGGGGAGCAUCCAAUACCCCCUUCUUGCGCCUCCUGCCAGCAGAGUACCAGGACGGAUUGUCUUUGCCCAAGGGCUGGGACCCCAAUGUCAAGAUCAAUGGGAACACCCUACCCCUGGUGAGAAUGGUGUCCAACCAUAUCCUGAAGACGGGGAACACGGUGGAUGAGGACCCCAUAUUCUCCAUGAUGGUGACCUUCUUUGGCCAGUGGACUGACCAUGACUUAACCCUGACACCUCAUUCUCCGCUCAUCCGCUCCUUCAACUCCACGGAGACCUGUGAGGAGACGUGUGAGCGUGCAUUGCCCUGCUUUCCCAUAGAGGUCCCCAGUGGAGACGCGCGGCUGCCCCAGGGUGGGUGCAUGCCUUUCAUCACUUCCUCCCCAGCGUGCACGGGGGGUUUGGUCAGGAACCAGAUAAACGCUCUGACUGCCUUCCUGGACGUGGGGCAGGUGUACGGGGCGGACCAGGUCAAAGCUCAGGCACUCCGGGACCUCUCCUCAGACAAGGGCUUGAUGAGGGUCAACCAGAAGUACAAUGACAAUGGACGCGAGUUCCUGCCCUUCAGCCCUAUGACCGUUAACAUGUGUGCCACCAGGAGGCGCAUCACCAACGACUCCAACGCAGAAGAGGUGCCCUGCUUCUAUGCUGGUGAUGAACGUGUGGACGAGAACAUUGCUCUGACCUCCCUCCACACUCUGCUGCUGAGAGAGCACAACCGGCUGGCUCGUAGGCUAUCCCAGCUCAACCCUCACUGGAACGGGGAGAAGCUGUACCAUGAAGCCCGCAAGAUCCUGGGGGCCGUCUCACAGGUUUUAACAUACCGGGACUACCUGCCGCACAUCGUGGGCCCUGAUGUAAUGGCCAGUCACCUGUCCACGUAUCCAGGCUAUAACAGCCAGGUGGACCCCUCUAUCGCCAACAUCUUUGCUACUGCCGCCUACCGCUUUGCCCACCACAUGAUCAAGCCCAGCAUUUCCCGCUACAACGAGACGUACGAAGAGCAUCCCGACUACCCAAGCAUCCUCCUGCACAACCUUUUUCGUCCCUGGAGGUUGACCCAUGAAGGUGGAAUAGACCCCAUUCUGCGUGGCAUGAUGGGCACUCCGGCCAAACUCAACACACCGAGGCGCAUGAUGCCUGAUGAGCUCCGCGAGAAGCUCUUCAAGUUCACCUCGGCUCUGGCUCUGGACCUGGGCUCUCUCAACAUGCAGCGAGGGAGGGACCAUGGCCUGCCAGGCUACAAUGCGUGGAGGGGCUACUGCGGCUUGUCCCAGCCCAAGACGUUGAAGGAGCUUAAGAAGGUGCUGGGGAACAACGACCUGGCGGAGAAGCUGAUGAGCCUGUACAAGACCCCUGACAACAUAGACCCCUGGCUGGGUGGAUUGUCUGAACCGCUGGUGCCCGGAGGCAGGGUGGGCCCGAUGUUUGCCUGCCUCAUCGCCGAGCAGUUUGAGAGGAUACGAGUGGGGGACAGACUGUGGUGGGAGAAUAAAAAUGUGUUCACGAUGAGACAGAGAAAGUCCAUCCGCGAGGCGUCCAUGGCCCGCCUCAUCUGUGACAACACCGGCAUCAGCGAGGUCCCCGUGGAUCCCUUCAAGUACCAGCCCCGAGGGGAUGGCUACACCUCCUGUGAGGAAAUCCCUGAACUGGACCUGUUGCCCUGGAAGGAGCCCCGAGGACAUAAAGUGGCCUUCUCCGCUCGCCUGGGCAACGACUUCCCUAAGGCGCACAGAGCCAUCAUCUUCCAUCAGGUGCUGUACAACUACCCAGGAGACUACAACGAGAAAAGUGGCCGCUUUGUGUGCCGUGUGCCCGGUGUGUACGAGUUCCAGAUGACCCUGAUGAUCCAAAAGCCAUCUGUGGGAGUAGACCUGAUGCUUAAUGGGGAACCCCUCCUGCACUCCUUCACACUGCCUCCUGGGGGCAAUAUCAUGGCCAGCGGCAACACCAUCACCCCUCUGAAGAAGGGCGAUGAAGUUUACCUGGUUAUCAUCGAAGGCAGCAACAGUAUCCUGAAGGACAGUCAGUUCAACGGGAAGCUGUUGUUCACCGAGGACGAGGACGAGGACUAGCCCUGAACCAGGACUGAACAAAGACUGGACGAGGAUUGAGCCAGGACUAACCAGGACUGAACCAGGAUUAAGCUAGGCUUGAAUCAGGACUAAUGCAGGACUAAACUAGGACUGAAUCAGCUCUGAACCAAGACUGAGCUAGGACUAGACAAAACAGUAGCAGGACAGAAAUAGAAUUUCACCCAAACUAAGCCUGAAUAAAACCAGGGCUUAACUGGAUCUAAACUAGAACUAAACCAGGACUAAACUAGAACUAAACCAGGACUAUAAAAGGGUUAACCGUGGUUUGAUACAGAAGUGUAUUGUUCUCUAAUAUUGUGUAUUACUUUAUACACAAUAUUGUGAAUGUGCUCAUGAUUUAAGCAUUGAUCAAUUUUUUUCUGUUUCACUAGUGGCUCCUAAACAUAACCAAGCAGACCGCCAAAGUCCUAUGUACAGCAGAUAGAACAAUGGCUAUUUAUUAGUAAUAAAUUAAUGACUUAAGUCUUUUGAAGAUUUGAGAUGUGAAAAACCCAGUCUCAUGUUUGGGAGCCACUGUUUAACAAUGUUAUAAUGAAAGUUAAAUUAAAUAUGUUAAAUUACUCUUUUAUUGUACAUGAUUUAAAGUGAUGACAAUCUGUAAAUCUGGAUGAAUGAAGGAGAAUGUUAAUAAUAAUUUAAUCCCCUUUUGAAUGAAUUUACAAUGUGGAUUUUUUAAAUGUUUUGCAAAAAAUGUAUUAAGUAAAUAAUGAAAUGAAUGGCUUUUAUUGUAAGAGAGGAUUUAGGAUCACAUUGCACUAAACGGGAGACAACACAACAGGUUGAUUAACAAGCACAGAGCGACAAACAGCUUUAGCCCCUUUAAUCGUAAGGUCAUAUAAUCAUAUACAGGGCCGGCCCUAGCCUUUAGGGGGCCCUAAGCUCAAUUUGCCCUCAGGGGCCCUCGCCACUUCAUGCCACAUAUUCAUAUUUGACAACAUUAAGACAUGAUCACAACCACUUAAAAAGACUGCAAAUUCUAGGGGCUUCACAACAACAAUACCUAUAACAGUAUGAAACAUGUAAGGAAGGGGGGCCUACCAAAGAAAUUUUAAAAUUCUGACUUUUUUCUUGUGGUUUCUGUUUUUACUGCAUUUUACUGUGUUCCAGUUGAA